CCAGGGGAUUCAUUUGUUUUUUUAUUUCCAAAUUUUCCAACAACGAACAAAUUACAAACUAAGCAAUAAAGCCAUAGAGGGGACAUAGAAACCAGUACAGAACCAUAUCAAAUACAAAGUAAUUCAGGAACACAGAUUUGAUAACAUUGUGAAAGAGACGUUCAAAAGGCCAACAUUUCAAACAAGCUGUUACCAAGUGAAAAUAGAAUAAAAUUCUGACUAAACAUGGUCAAAAUUUAAACAGUUACGACUUUACAGGGUGACUCUGCUAAUCUAAAUGCCUAUCUUGACUGAUUCCAAUUGGACCGUCUCACUUCCUGUUUGAAUUUAGGUAAUACGUGUUGGGCACGAAAGGAAUAAUUCCCCAAAGGCCUUCUGUCAUUGUGUCGUAAGGUUCUGGGUAGGGCCUUUUUCUUGUCUCGCGUCUCCACCAAGAUCCUGUCAAGUGCGUCACCAAACAGUCUCUUCCCCUGGAAUGGGUAGGCUAAGACUAUGUCUUUUGAGCGGUCGUCUGCUUGCCAAGCGCGUAGCCAUAAUGCUCUCCUGGCCACUACUGCUGAGGCCAUGGCCCUAGAGGAAAAAAUCAUGGCGUCCAAGGUUGCAUCCGCUGUGAAGGACAGGGCCUUUAGUAUUCUGUUAAUGCCUUCAUUCAGACGGCGAUCGUUAUCUGGAAUCAACUGAAGCAACUUUCUGGUCCAGACUAUGGCUGCUCUGGAUACAAUGGAGGCCGCAGAUGACGCUCUGAUGGCCAUGGCCAAGGCCUCGUGCGUUUUCCUGAGCGCAAAGUCAACUCUUUUGGCCGCGCUAUCCUUGAGGGAUCCGUGACCAUCUUCCGACUGCAACGCUGCGACAGCAGCAUCAACCCGGGGAACCUGUAAGAACUCAUCGGCAUACGCUGAAAUCUGCAUGCCACUGUCCUUUCUGAAACGGAUUCCCCGGAAGCUCUUGCACGUACGGUCCUUGACUGAUUUGAGGUCCCAAGCCUUCAUGGAUCUAAAAGCCCUGGUUUCUUCGCUGAACGGCUUCGCUUCGCUCUCGCUGGCCGAAAGCUGGGACAACGUGGGCCUCCUGGUCGAGCCCAGCCCUCCCCACGUGGUGAACACUCUCUUCCUAACCAAUGACCUCACGGAGGAUGUGAUGGAAGAGGCCCUGCAGAAGGAAGCUGAUCUCAUUCUUUCCUAUCAUCCUCCCAUUUUCAAACCCCUCAAGCGUGUAACGUGGCAAACGUGGAAAGAGCGCCUGGUGAUCCGAGCUCUGGAAAACCGAGUCGGUAUUUACUCUCCCCACACGGCCUACGACGCCGCACCUCACGGCGUCAACGCCUGGCUUGCCAAAGGACUCGGUUCCUGUACCACUACGCCUUUGCACUCGUCCACCGCUUCUAAUUACCCUACCAAGGGGGGUUACCGGAUUGAAUUUAGCUCUUGCUCUGCGGAAACCGUCUUGCCAGGGCUGCGUGAGAUGCCAGGUGUGUCCCUCGUUGCAGCUGUCCCUGCCAGGGUUGAUGGGGAAGAACAGACCCGAGUCAGCUUGAAUUGUACCCAGCAUGCCUUGCUGCAAGUGAUGGCCUUCCUUUCCCAGAACAGCCCUCUCUAUGAAAAGACUGAAAUCAUAUCACUACAAAAGCCUCCACUUGAAGGUACCGGAAUGGGGCGGUUAUGCAUCUUAAAAGAACCGGUGGCUGUAUCUGUCGUGAUUGAAAGAGUGAAGAGCCAUUUAAGACUGCCUCAUGUCCGCCUGGCCCUCGGAGCUGGGAAAACGCUGGAAUCCGAGGUGAAGGUGGUUGCUCUCUGUGCUGGUUCGGGAACGAGUGUCCUGCAGGGGACGGAAGCAGAUCUCUAUCUCACAGGAGAGAUGUCUCACCACGAUGUCCUGGAUGCCGUCGCAAAAGGCACCACUGUGAUUUUGUGUGAGCACAGCAACAGCGAGCGAGGUUUUCUUCGGGAGCUGCAGCUACUGCUAGCGACUCACCUGGAGAACAAGGUCCAGGUCAUCGUUUCAGAGAGGGACCGAGAUCCACUCCGAGUGGCAUAGAAGUUCACACUGCGGAGGUCGGAACUUCAGCGCAUUCUUCACAGGCUUAGCGCACAACACAGCCAUGAUGGGGAUGAAGAGGAAGAAUCUAAGGGUCAGUUCAAGUCCUCAUGUCCACCCCGGUCCUUUUGAUCAGAUGCACGCUGGGAGUUCCAUGCUUGGAACUUAUUCCCCAGGUCUGCACAGGCCUGAUUUAGGUCAGAACUUUAGGGAGAGGGGGGUUUAAGCUUCCACAUGCUGUCUUCCUGUAGGUGACAUGAUUCUAGGGAGCAGUUGUUGACUCUACUGGGAAAACUUAUACAUAGCCCGUCCAUAUAUCCAUAGACACUCCAAUGGAGCAAGAAGGUGCGUAAGCACGUUUUCCACAUAUACUAGGGAUUCUGAUCUGAAUCCGACCUGCAUAUGCCUGAGAAUUCAGCUUCAAGCACAGAACUCCAGUGCAUCUCUGGUAGAAAGGACCAGGGUGGAUGUGCGGGGGACAUAAAGACACGUGGAUUGGCCCUAAGAUGGUUUCUGAAGAGCUGGCAACACAGAAUCAGUGAAUAAAACGGGCUGCUGAUAAAACCUGUUUGCAACAUCUGAUAUCCUGCACCACAUUUGUGAAAACCUAUUCCUCUAUUUCUAAUUUUAUUUUGUCUGGACUUCAAUUUUUGUCAUUAAGUAUUGCAUCCUAUAACUAAUGGCAGACCUUUUCUUCAGUGGAAGGAGCUGCUUAAGGUGGCAGAAAGUUCUCCCAUUAGGAGAAUAGAUGAAUAGGAUUCAACCCCUAUCUCUGUGUGGCAGCCAUCCCAUCAGAUUAUAGCAUCUCUUGAGGUAGGUUAAGUGGAAGAAACUUGGCCAGGACUGUGUACUAAGCUUCAAGGUGGAGAGGGUGGAGUUGAACCCGGCUUCUUCCAAAGAGGUCCAAAUGCUAUGUUUACUACAGGUCACUAAACUCACACACGUAAAACACACCAAGUUCUGGGACAGUCAGUCCAAGUGGAAAGAGCUGAAAGAUAAUUCAACUUCAGCAAGUCUUCAGAUAAGAGGAUACCUGUAAAGCAGUCACUGGAAUUUCGUAUCUAGACAGCACUGGAUUAGUCAAAGCCAUCCUUAGCAAGGCUUGGAUAAAUUCUUCAGGUAUAAAAUUUAAUACAAUUAGAAAGGGAUUCCACCACCACCACCCAGGCAAAGAAAAUAAAUGUACCCAAGUCCACCUAGAGCAUCGCAUCUACUGGAAUCAAUGAAGGUAAUAAAGAAAUCGUGCUGCUUUUUCCAUUAGGUGGCAUGUACAC